AUGCUCAGGCCACAGAGAAAGUGGCACCAGGUAGCGACCCAGACUGUGCAGUGGGAGCUGGAAACACUUCCAACCACCCAGAUGGCUCAAACCAACCCCAUGCCAGGGUCCGUGGGGCUAUGGAAGAUAACCAUCUAUGACCAGGAGAACUUCCGGGGCAAGAGGAUGGAGUUCACCAGUUCCUGCCCAAAUGUCUCUGAGCGCAGUUUUGAUAACGUCCGAUCUCUCAAGGUGGAAUGUGGCACCUGGAUUGGUUAUGAGCAUAUCAGCUUCUGUGGGCAACAGUUUGUCCUGGAAAGAGAAUACCCUUGCUGGGAUGCCUGGAGCGGGAGUAAUGCCUACCACAUUAAGUGUCUCAUGUCCUUCCGCCCCAUCUGUUCCGCUAAUCAUAAGGAGUCCAAAAUUACCCUCUUUGAGAAAGAAAAUUUCAUUGGACGCCAAUGGGAGACCUGUGAUGACUACCCCUCCUUGCAAGCCCUGGGUUGGUUCAACAAUGAAGUUGGUUCCAUGAAGAUACAAUCUGGGGCAUAAGUCUGGGUUUGCUACCAGUAUCCCGGAUACUGCGGCUAUCAGUAUAUCUUGGAAUGUGACCGUCAUGGAGGAGACUAUAAACACUGGAGAGAGUGGGGUUUUCAUGCCCAGACUUCCCUUGUUCAAUCAAUUCGCUGUAUCCAGCAGUAG